GACUAAUUUGUCAGUGGAUAAAUAAUAUUGAGUCGAUUUUUUUUGUAUAAAAAGAUUAUGGAGAAAUUAUGGAGAAUAUUAAUUCAUUUAUUUUUGGUUAUACAAUUCAUUGUAUUAUGCAAUUGUUUGCCAAUAUUUUCUGAAUUAAAUGAAUAUGAAGGUGACAACAAGAACGAAUGGGAAUGGUCAGCAGUAUUAUUUUCCGUUACAUUUGCACUAUGUGCAAUUGUUUUUAUUAUUGGAUGCCUUUGUUGUCAACCAAGACAAAAAGGAUUUCAAGAAUUCACAAAUGCAUCUGUAACGGCUUCAGAAGGUAGCCUCGUUGGUACACGAACUGAUAUCGAACAAGGUAACGAUCCAGGAUUAAUAAAUCCAAUUGCAGCAAUAACUUCAGGAUCUGAAUUUACAAUAUUCCGGCCAUUAUCGCCUUCUCAUCAUAAUAAUAAUGUGAUAACAACUGCCCCUCAAACGAGUAUAGUUCAAACACAAUUUGGAGCAAAACGAAUAACCGAAGCGAAUGUACAACCGAAUGACGAUGUUAGCGAUUGGUUUGAUGAAUCAGAAGUUAACUUUCCACGAAAUAAAUUGAAAUACAUCAAAGAAUUAGGUAGAGGUUGGUUUGGCAGAGUGUUCAUUGGUGAGGCAGCAAUACUUAAUGACCAAACAAAUUCACAAGAUGAAAAUAUAAAAACAGUACCAGUUGUUGUACGUGCAUUAGAUGCAGCAGCUGGAACACAUGAACGUGCAGAAUUUUUACGUGAUGCACGUAUUUAUUAUAAAACAUCACAUCCAAAUAUAAUGCCAUUACAUGGCAAAUGUUUAGAUGUACCGCCAUUAUUAUUGAUACAACCUUAUUAUGGGAAAGGUGAUCUCAAGAAAUAUUUACGUGAAAAUCAGAAUCAAAUAACCGAUAAAAUAUUUUUGUUACGAUUGUGUUGGGAGUUAACAAAUGCACUAGAAUAUUUAUAUCAUAGGAACAUAUCACAUCCUGAUUUGGCGUUAAGAAAUUGUGUACUAACCGAUCAAAUGUGUUUAUGUUUGGGUGAUUAUGGUCAUUCACCACAAGUAUAUCCAGAAGAUUAUUAUUCAGGUACACCACCAAUUCCUGUUAGAUGGUGUGCACCAGAAAAUGUUAUAUGUACAUCAACAACAAUUCAACCAAAAAUGGUUACGUGUGCUGGUAAUGUUUGGUCAUUGGGUAUUGUGUUAUGGGAAAUAAUAUCAUAUGGUAAACAGCCAUAUGCAUCAUUGUCUGACGAUGAUGUUGUUACUCUGGUCUUGGAGAAAAUGCAAACUGUUUUAGAAGAGCCACAAACAUUAGUAUCAUAUUCACAUAAUAUAUACCAACUUUCAAGACUGUGUUGUAGCAGUAUAGAAACAAGGCCACUAAUAACUCAAGUACAAUCUAUGCUAUCAAUAUUACUAAAAAAUAAUGAUAAUUUAAAUACACAAACUUGCGAACCAGUAUCUGAUUCAGAAUUCUUAUCACGUUGGAACAGUUUAAAACCGAAUACAAUUGUAAAAACUGACAAUCAUACACCAGAACACACUCAACUAAAAAUUGAUGUUUCUCAUAAUCAGUCGUCAGAUAAAACAAAUUCCUCAUUAAGUACAACAGUUGCGUAUGAUGCAAAGCAGUUAUCACCGGCGAGUACAAUAAAUUCUGAUUGUUUUAUAGCUGAAAUGACUCGACGUGAAAAAUCAUUAAGUUUAACAAAUUUACAUGGUUCAUUGGAAAAUUUAAUUACACCCACUAAAUAUGAAUCUUGGCUAGAAAACAUUGCGUCACAAAAUAAAGAAGAUUUAAGUUAUGUCAAAGGUUUAUCACAAGCAAUGCAAGAGUUAGACAGUGCAUUAGCAUUAGAAAAAAGUUCAAGUUCGUCAGAUACAACCACACAAAAUACGACAAUGCCUAAAAUUGAUUUUAAAUUAGGACCUAUGGAAGCGAAACCCCAAAUAAAUGAUAUAUCUUCUGGUUCAGAAACUGAAGAUGAAACGUGGAAAAAGCGUAUUGAACGUGGUGCUUAUUCAGAAAAAGUACGAAUUAAAUCAAAAUCUGUUGCAGAUCUAAUGGUAUUAACACAUAUUGACACAGACACUGACAGUGAGACACCAUUACCUAGUUUAGAUUAUAAAACAAAACAGUCGUUUAAAGCGGAAAUUUUAAGUAAAUCUUACGGCAGUGAGGGUAAUAUUAAUGUUGUGCACGAUACGUUUCAAGAAGAAUUGAGAAAAUUACAAGAGGCUCGACGUGAUAGUUUAUUGUUUGUGCCCGUUUCUCAAUCAACAAUUCAUUCGGAAUCUCAAAAUCGAAACUGUGAUGAAAAUAUUCCAAGUUUAAAUAUAAUACAUGCUAGUGUAGAAGAUUUAUCAAUUAAAGAAGAUUUAGAUUUUCCUGUUCAUGUUUUUCUUCAACGAAAAGAAUUUGUUGAAGAUAAUUUAGUAUCUAACGGUGAAAUUAACGUUAAGGAAAAUCAUAAUGAUUUUAUUGACGACGAGGAAGAUGUAGUUAAAAAUCAUGACUUAAUACCACGCCUAAAUUUUAUUCAAGCAAGUAUGGAAGAUUUAUCCAAUCUGGAUGAUUUGGAUAUUCCAAUUAAUGUAUUUGUUCACACAUCUGAUAAACCCGUGUAUUUUAAAUUCAAAGAUACCUCUGCAGAUACUGAUCCAGAAGAAAUUACAGAUUAUUCAACUGAUUCCGCAUUAAAUCCGGAUCAAAAUAUACAAGAUAACGUUAUUCAACAAAUAACGUCAGAUCAAUUGAUAGAUAAAAUUGAAAAUUUAAAUGAUAAUACAGAUUUGUCAAAUAAAUCUGAAUUAAAUCAAGAAAAAGAUCAAACUGUACAAAAUGAUAAAAAAAUUCAGAAAGAGGAAACAUUUAUUCAUCCAGAAAAUACUUUUAAUAUUGAACAAAUUUCAAAAACUUCCGUUGACAUUUCAAGUGAAAGUGAACUUUCACCUAAAAAAUUAACUGAAGAUAAUUUGAACGAUUUGAAACAAGAUUUAAUUAAUCCAAACAAAUCUUUAGAGAUUGAUUCAGAUAAAACUAAAAGCACUUCGGAACUAGAAGAAAAUUCAAAUAAUAAUACUGUAAUAAUUUCGACACAAUCAAAUCCCGAAAAAACUGUCAAAAGUUCAAAUGUAAAUGCUAAAGUAGAUAAAAUUCGUGAACUAAAUUUACUUAGCAAAGUAGACUCAGGUAUCGAAAAAAAUGAAGAACCAGCAUUAGACAAAAAUGAAUCGAUAUUAGAUACUGAUGAAGCAGUAAUAUCGCCUAAAAUUUCAGAAAUGAACAAAAAUGAAUCAAUAUUAAAUGCUGAAAUCAGUACAGAAAUUUCAAAUAAAAAUUUAGAAUUAGACUUUGAAAGGGGAACGAAAGUUCUUUUAGAAUUAAACAAAACUGAAUCUAUAGAUACAAAUAUUUUUGAACUUAACAAAGAGGAAAAACUAAUUCCAAAUGAACAAAUAAAAAAUUUAGAUUUAUCGUCAAGUUUUACAAAUGAAAUUGUCACAAGUACUCCAUUCAAACCAUCAAAUCAAUUUUCAAAACCCUUAGAAGAUUUUAAUUUAUCAAAUGAAACUCUUAUAGAAGUUUCAGAAGAUAAAACUCAUACUGAAGCAAAUAUUCCACAACCAACCGCUAGAAAUAUAUUUAAUAAAACAACUUUAUUAGAAGAUACUGUUCAAAAACCAUCUGAUAUUUCAGGAUUCUCAUUAAUAAGUGACGAAAAUACUUCAAAUAUAAUUGUUGGUCCUAACAAUAAAAUUAAGGAAAAUAAUCCAGAAUUAAUUGGUAAAGUUACUAAUUUUGAUUGUACCUUUGUUAAAGGUAAUAAUUUGGAUGAAACCAAAAUUUUAUCAACAAAUUUCGAUGAAACAUUUAUGAAAACUAAAGAUAUUGACAAAACUACAAAUAAAGAUAACACUUUUAUAAAAAAUUUAGAUGAAACGUUUUCAAAAGAUAUUACGAAUAAAGAUAUAGUAAAAACUGUAAAACCCGAAGAUAUUUUAAUUAAAGAUGCAGAAGAAACGAUCGUAAAAGAAAACGAACGACUUUCGAAUUUUGAAGAAAAAUUAGUAUCUAAAGACAUUGAAGAAAUUGUGAAAAUUGAUAAUACUUUCAUUAAAGAUUCGGACCAAACUUUUGUAAAAGAAUCACAAAGUAUUGAAAACAGUCCGAAUUUUGAAAAAAAGUUAGAGGACACAGAAGAAUCUGUGAAAAAUGAUAAUACGUUUAUUAAAGAAACAGACCAAACUUUUGUAAAAGAUUUACAAACUGUAGAAAAGAGUUCGAAUUUCGAAAAAAAUACCAAUGAAGGUGCGAAAAAUAAUAAUACUUUUAUUAAAGAGACAGAUGAGACGUUUAUAAAAGAUGUACAAAAUGUUGAAAAAUCUACAAAUUCUGAUGAAAAGGACAAAGAAGAGUCUGCGAAAAAAGAUAAUUUAGAUUUAACGUUUGUAAAACAAUUAACAGGUAUUGCAGAAUUGCCAAAUGAAACAUUUACUAAAGAAUUAGAACAGAAUAAUGUCCAGAUAUUCAGUGAAGAUAGUUUAGAAAAGCAAUCUUUACAAGACGAAACAAAAACAAUCAUUCCAAAUUCUAAUAACGCUGCAUUUAAUCUUAGUUUAGAUACAGAAAGUACAAAAACUGUCGACGAUUUACAAUCGCAUACAAUUGAUUUAGCUCAAACUGUAACAAAUUUAGUGGAUGGUUUAGACUGUACAAUACCAAAUAAACCACCAGAAUUUAAUGUGAUGCGUUUCGAAAUAAUACCACAAUAUAAUUUUGAAAGCAGUAACGUAAUCCUAGGUCCAUGCGAUGAUUAUACGUUAGAUUUGUAUACCGGUUUAAAAACAACGUAUGUCGACGAUACUCCUUCUGGAGGUGUGGACGAUGAAUUAUUACAAUUUUCAACAAACUUUUCAUCAUUAAAUGAAGAAAUUCGUAGUAACUCAAAUAGUGAUAUGUUUUUAAGUAAAGUGCCACCAAUAACACCUGAUUUAAGUAGCAUAAUAACACCAUGUGAUAGUUUAGAAGAACAUGCAAUGAACACAACAUUCGCGUUAAAAAAUCAAGCGGAAAAUCUUGUAAAUAAUAUUAUAAAAGAUGCUGAAAUUAUUGUCUGUGGUAAAAUUGAAAAAUAUGAAUUUGUACCUGAAGUUAGAAAUAUUAUUGAUGAAAUUAUUUAUAAGGCUGAAUGUAUUGUUUCGGAAAAACAAUCAUAUUUUGAUGGAUCUGAUACAAUUGAAACACCACAAUUGGAUAGUUUAGAAUUGAAUGCUAAUUCGAUAUUAGACAGUUCAUCAAGUGUAAAUAAAACUGUAAUUUUAAAGCAAAAUGAAUUCGAUAAUACAUUACCGAAUAACAAUACGACUAUAACGAAAUUCGAUUCGACUUAUACGCUAAACGAAGAUGUAUCCGGUUAUUCAUUAGAAUUAGGUUGGUUUCUACAUCCUUCAAAUAAUGAAACAGGAGCUGAAUUACCCCCAAUUGAAGGAACAAUUGAUGAUUUAGAAUCACCACCAACAUCUGAUAACAGUUAUGUGGGAUUUAGUCUUGAUGAAGAGUGUGUAGCGGCUUUGAGAAAUGAAUUGGCUGCUAAAUUACCUCAUGCACAGGGGCCAACAAUUGAACCUGAUUUACAAGAAGAUUGGGAAUGUGAACCAGGAACAUCUGAACAACAUGAUGAAGUAAUAUUACGGUAUAAUGUAUUUGCCGCACCUUUGUCUCCAAUAGCGGAAGAAUCUGAAGAAGUCGAUUGUCCCACACCUGAAACAACCCCUUGCAGAGAGGACUCUGACAGUGAUUGUGAAUGGUCUGGAGCAUGUUUUGAUGGUGGAGAUACAGAUACUCGAACACCACGAGCUGGUAGUCCCAAUGCAGCUGGCCGUCGAUCAUCUCGUCAUCGUCAUACACCUAGCAUGGAUUCAUGUUGUUCAAAUGACACAUUGUUCAACAUAGAGGAUCUUACAGGUGUACCAUGCGAUCCAGAAAAUCAAAAAUACAAUGGAGACUGUGAUACUUUAAAAAAUAGUCCGGAAAAUUUACAACCAGAUGAAUGUGAAAAUGACACACAUUCUGUAACAUCAGCAUCUGACGAAAAAUUAUGUGACACAACACAAGAAAUAAGUAAAACUAUCAUUUUAGUUGAUUCACAAGAUGAACCACGGAUUCAACAAGAAAAUACGGAAGCAUAUGAUGGAUCUGAUGUCUAUCCAAGUAGUACUGAAAGAAUUGAAGCUGAACCAAGCACACAAGAAAUUAACUCUGAUUAUUUUUCACCAACUCGAAAUGAUUUCUUGUCACAAGAACAAUCUUGUUUGGAAACAAAAUCAGAAAGUAAUCAAAUAAAUUCUUUGAAAGCUGAUAAAAAAAUUAUUACUGAAAAAUUUAUUGAAAAUGAAUCAAAAUUUAUUAACGAGACUGAAGAGAAUCUAAAUAAAAUUAAUUCCAGUAAUAAUUUUCAUGAAAAUUUGGAAUUAAUAAAUGAUGAUAAUUCACAACAAAUAGCUGAAAUCACUGACGAUGAGGAAAAACCAACAAAAAAUUGUUUGGAAAAAUCUGAAAAACCUAGUGAAACAUAUACAAUGUCAGAUAUUUUACAACAUUUAGAGGAUACACCGCCAAUAACAAAUAAUACGCCACCAAAAUUUCCUGAACCAGUUUCAUCAACAUCAACAACAACACCAAAUGUUUUUUUAAAUUUAAAUUUUGAUUUUCAAGAAGAAAUACCAGAACCAAAAUAUGAAGUGAAAUCAUUAAAAACAAUUGCAUCAGAAACACUUGAAUCGAAUCAUUUUUUAGGCGAUACGUUUUUAGAUAGUCAAAAAGGAAUGAGUAUUAUUGAACAGGUACAUAAUUUAGCUGACACAUGUCAAAAAAACGAUGUACACGAUGGGAUGGGAAAUAGUGAAAUUUUUUACGUAAAUAUAAAUGAAACAAUACCGAACGAAGCAUUAAAUAAAAUAACGAAUCAUUUUUUUGAGAAUAAAACGAACGAAACAUCUGAGUAUGUGAAUUUAAAAAAUGAAAAUAUCAAAAUGGAAAAUGAGGUACAAUGUGAUCAAGAAUUUAGUACAAAUAAUAAAAUAUAUGCUAAUAUAAAAGAUAAUUCAGAGAUUGAUACAACAUUGUAUGCAAAUGUAGAUGAAGUAUGUAAUUUUUAUGCAAAUUUAGAUACAAAACCAAUUGAACCUGAAAAAAAAUCAAACCAUCAUAACAGUUUUGACGAUGAUUCUGUUUUAAAAUUUUACGAAAAUAUUCCGACGUCACCAGUUCAUGAUGAUAAAAUUAUUGAAUCACUUUAUGAAAAUAUUGAUAAAGUGAAUAAUGGCGCAAAUAUGGAAAAAUUAUUCGCUUCACAACAAAUUAAAUCAUCAAAUAUUUAUGAAAAUACACAAAAAUUUAUUGAAAAUGAUGAUAAAAAUUUACCAACAUAUCAUAAAUUAUAUGAAAAUAUUGAAAAAAGUAAAGAUUUCCCAUAUGAGAAUAAAAUGGAUUUAAUGCAUAAUGACUCUGUUGAGAAUUCACAUAGUGAAAAUGGUCAUCAUGAUUCAGAGCAUAUGUAUGAUAAAGUUUAUGAUGGGGAAAGUGAGGAUUUAUAUAGUGAUAUUACUGAUAUACGAUUUUCUGGACCAUGUGAUACACAAUUAAUGUCAACCUCGUUUAGUGACCCCCAUGGUGGUUCUGAUGAUCAAGACUGGGAUAGUGGUAGUGAAUCAAGAUCUAGUUCAAGUGGUGAAUUUGUUUGGAAGGAAGGAGAACAUGAAGCCUCUGUUCGGGUUUUACAAGCUCCGACAAUUAAUGACGAUGAAAAAAUGAGAACGCAUGAUGAUAAUCUAGGAUUAAGCACACCUGAUGACGAUAGUUGUAGUACAAGUAGCGGAGAAGAUGGAGAUGGUGUUGAAUUUAUACCUUCAGCAUGGGAUUCACAAGCGGCCCCAAUUAAAUCUGCUUUAAGGUCACCUGAUAAAACAAUGGAUAAAGUACGUGUCAUUUGGUUUAAAAAACAAAAAUAUCAUUGUGUGUAUGAAUAUCCAAGAGAACCUGAUUUUAGUCCAACUGAAUGGAAUACUCAACCAUACACGUCUAGUAUUUGGGGUACACCAACCGCAUCAGAUUUAUCAAAUUUUGCUGAUUGGGAACUUGAUACUGAAAAUAUGAUUGAAGAUGGAAAUGGUUCUUUGAGUUCCAGUAGUCAGGAUUUAGAUGUUGAAGAUGACACAUCACGAUACACAAGACGAGAUUAUUUUCGACGACCUGGUGAUUUGUAUCGAUUAGCUGAUGUGGUUCCUGAUAUAGACUUUGCAACAGGUCUAUCUGUGACAGAUGAUGAUUUCUACGUAACAAGCUCUUCAAAACCAUUUCAAUCAUACAGUUCACAAUUUUUUCCUGGCCAAUUACAAUUCACCACAAGUACGUCACAUGAUAAUAAGGCACAAGCAGCAAAUGUCGAACGAGCAAAUAGUAUUAUCGAAUUUGCCAAUGAUUUGAAAAAACUACAUUCGACUUCAUUAAUAAACGAUAAAAAAUUAAAUGAUCUUACAACACCUGAUAGUGGUGUCGAAGAUAUUACACCCGCUAGCAUGUCGGAUCAUUCACCCACUGAAACAGAUACAGAAAUUGUUGCUACAUCCACAAAUACAAAAUCACAAAUAAGUAGUUUAAAAGCUUUAGCUGCCGAUUCAUUAAAAAAUAGUAAAAAAUCCGAUAAAGUACAAGACAUUGUGAUGGGUGGACUACGACAUACUCGUGAUAAAUUAAAAUUAGAUUUACCACCAAGUCCUACCUCAUUUUCAGCCAAUAAAGCGUUUAAUUUAGAAAUAUCAUCAGAUACUACCGCCAGUAGUAAUUCUCAUAGAGAACGUGAUCCGCCAACAUUUACUACAUUUGGUAAAACACGAUUUUCUAUAAAACAUGUCGAUACACCAACAGAAGAACUUGAUAUGUCAUUAAAUAAAAUAAUGCCAAUGAUGGUCCAUAUAACUUCAUCUAGUACUGAUUCAAAUAAUACAGAUACAAAUUCACCGGAUGCUGUUGAUUUAUCUCAACCAAGUGAUUGUGAUAGUGCCGCUGAAAGUAUGUUACUUGAAACAAAAAGACGUUCAAUUGAAAUAGUGCGCGGUGAGGCAUCAUUAUUGGACAGUGCUGAUGAGGAUAGUGGCAUCGAAUCUAGUGCCAAUGCAACAUUAGAACGAGAAUCUGUUACUACAGUUUGUACAGAUAAAAAUAAUGAUGUUUGAUUUAUCUAAAUCAAUUCAUUAAUUGUUUCGGUUUUUAAUCAUUAAUGUUUUUUCUUCGGUUAUUUGAGCGUGUAAAUGCUAGGAUUUCUAGUCAUUAUUUAAAUAUAUAAAUAGAUAGAUUUGUUGCCGAUGAUUUGGUACAAAAAAGAGAGAA